AUGCAAGUUCAUAACGUGGGCCGCAGCGCAACCAAGUCGCGUAUUCGGCCAAAGCAGCGAAUCAGUCACACCAAGUCCCGAAAUGGCUGCUACACUUGCAAGCAGCGUCGCGUGAAGUGUGACGAGGAACGGCCAACAUGCGGUGCAUGCUCUGUUCGGGGCGAAGACUGCGUCUUCCCCAAUCCAGGAGGUCCACGUGACCAAAGAAGAAGACAGCCACACCUUUCUCUCUCGAGAUCCUCUUUUGACAGUGUCCAGCUUCAAGCACGCGAAAAAACAACCGAUGUACCAUUUCGCCCAUUGUAUUUUAAUGCGGCUUCUCCCGACGAGCCUCAAAAUGUCGACAGUCAGUCCACAUCCAGCCUCAACAUGAGUGAUCUCAAUCUACUUCAACACUACAUCUUGCACACCUCAAAAAAGAUGACUUUGCAUAAGAUCAAAACAGUGGUUUGGGAGCGUGUUAUUCCUGAAAUGGCUGCAGCCAAUGAAUUUUUAAUGCACCUUGUCUUGGCCCUGGCUGGCCUGGAUAUAUUGACUAGUCGAGAUAUUUGUGUGCGAAAUGAUCAAGGGUCUUCAAAGCCUUUCAUCGCUGCAAGUGUACCUCAGCUUCAGUCAAUCAUGGGACAUCAUCAGCAAGGUCUGGCCGGGCUGCAGGAAGCGCUUUGCGCUACCAGCGAACCAGAUGCGGAAGUCUUGCUGGCCGGGUCCAUGCUGGUGGUGGGCUUUGCAUUUGCAUCGUUUGGAAUCAAGGAUCUAGAUCCAUCGGCACAUACAUUUCAGGAUACCUUGAGCUCUGAUUCCGCUUCGCCGUCUCCACUUCUGAAUGUUGGCACGCUCCACAUACAAUGGCUUCACCUUGUUCGUGGCGUCACGUCCAUUCUGAGACAAUUUUGGCCAACUCUAAGGAAGUGUCGCCUGAGGGCGCUGCUAUUUUCCAAUCAUGCCAAUGAAGAUUGGAAGCUCUGCGAAGAACAAGUGCGCUCGAGCGUGGUACCGAGUCGAUACAUUCAUUCUGGAAGACUUCGCAAGUUUGCGACUGGCGCCAAUCAUUCCAUAUCGAAGUUACGUGACCUAUACGCCAGCCUCCGCUUAUCCGCUGGCUUCGAUGAUGGGAUAGAGACCUCGCCAUCGAUUGCGACUCCCCACUCUGAUCAAAGUGGCAACGUAGGCAGUGUGUCUCUUGAACCAUACGAAAAAGCCAUAGGCGUGGUUGAGGAUCUCUACAUGAGAAUCCUGUAUGUCAUGCACAUGAAACCGCUUGAUUGUCACGCUUCUUCCGAUCUCGAAAUCCAAACCGACAUUGAAGAUGCAGCGGUUUCAAGCUGGCCUCACCUUCUUCCUGAAGAGUUCAUUUUCUCCUUAGAUCCGCAAGGGAAUUUCGACAGGAUGCAGGGUGUGGGCGUGGUUAUCUUAGCGCAUCUGUACUUGGCAAUUGCUAUUCUAGACGAGGUCUGGUACUAUGGCAAGAGAUGUGACAUUGAAAUCUACAAGAUUAAUACCUUAAUCGGCGGUCUGGGGGAUACGAAGCUCAUUUCAUUGAUGGAAUGGCCUAUUGAUGUUAUUCAGUGA